AGAAGAUGCACCCAACGUCUUCCCUUUUGCGUGACCUGUCUGUGACCAGUCCACUGAUUCAAAACACAAGAUUUCUGAAGGUUUCGACCUCUUGUGUAAGUGAAGGGGCCACUUCAUUCAAAAAUAAGGAAACUCGGUAGUUUUGUAAAAAAUCAGAAUGGUUAAAGAGAAGACUGAAGACGUGAGUGAUCCAGACCCAUGCGGAAGAAAACAUGAAGAUAUUGAAGAACAAACAGAUUUGUUGAAAGAGGAAAGUGAUGAAGUUGAGGAGAAACGUCAGACACCUCUGAACAUUUUAAUGCGAGAAAUACCUUCUAGAAGGGUGCAGAAGAACAACAUUUUCUUUCCAAAAAGAAAGCAACGAACAGAAGCAGACAAGUCUUUCACCUGCCCUGACUGUGGAAAGAGUUUUGAACACAAAUGUCAUUUUUUGGAUCACAUGAGAAUUCACACUAGAGAGUGCCCAUACACAUGUCCACAGUGUGAAAAGAGUUUCAAACGCAAAUCAACACUUGAGGACCACAUGAGAAUUCACACUGGAGAGCGCCCGUACGCAUGUCCUCAGUGUGGAAAGGGUUUUAAACAGAAAUCGGCGAUUGAAGGGCACAUGAGAAUUCACACUGGAGAGCGUCCGUACUCAUGUCCUCAGUGUGUAAAGAGUUUCAAACAGAAAGCAGUGCUUGAGGGGCACAUGAGAAUUCACACCGGAGAGCGUCCAUACACAUGUCCUCAGUGUGUAAAGAGUUUCAGACAAAGAUGUCAUCUUGAAAACCACAUUAAAAUUCACACUGGAGAGCGCCCGUACAUAUGUACUCGGUGUGGAACGAGUUUCAUACAGAAAUCAAAUUUUGGGGUCCACAUGAGAAGUCACUCAUGAGAGCUACCCCUAUCCUCAUUGUUGAAAGAGUGUCAGACAUAUAUUAAAGCUUGAGGACCACAAGAACAUUCACAUUGGGAAGCGCCCAUAAACAUGCCUUCAGUAUAGGAAGAGUUUUCACUGUAAAAUGUAGUUUUGUUGUUAAUUUACUUACCAAGAUGAAUGAGACAGUAUUUAUUCAGUAGAACAAUAAAGAUUUUUGUCUGCAACUGUUUCUGCAACCAUUUCUUUUAAAGUCUAGAAAGCAGAUACAGGCAAACAUUAUUCGUCCCCACUGCUCUUGAUGAUAUAUUGAGGUUAUCUAUAUAUAUGUAAGGUAUAAUCCACAUCUAGAACCUCUAAAAUGCAUUAAAAAAUGUUUAAUGCACGGCUAGCCGCGGAUUAUCCUGUUUAUACCAUGGUCGUUUGCCAAGUUAAAAACAAGUCAAAGAUGUUAUUGAUGUUUGCAGUGCAAUUACAUUCACCGCUGGCUCAAAAUUUUCCGGCUCAAAAUGAGGUGGUGCCAUCCUGAUCUUGCACGCACAUGGAGGCUGGCCUACCAUACCUUUCAGUGACUUAAAUGGAUAUUUUACCCCAAAAACAAAUUUCCCCAAUGUUUUACUCACCCUCUAGGCAUCCUAUUUGUAUAUGACUUUCUUUAAGAAUAAUACAGUCGGAGUUGUAAUACCAUGUAUCCUAGCUCUUCCAAGCUUUAGAAUGGGAGUGAAUGGUGGAUGAGAUUUUGAGGCUCCAAAAAGUGCAUCCAUCGAUCAAAAAACUCCUUCACGCGCUCCAAGGGGUUAAUAAAGGCCUUCUGAUGCUAAUUGAUACGUUUGUUUAAGAGAAAUAUAGAGCCUGUUGCAUAUAUCUGUUUUAGACUAGUCUUACAAGUCAGUCAUCUAAAUUGUUCUGUUAAGACUAGUGUUUAUGUUUUUAAGUCAGUUGCAUAAAAACUUCAAUCUUGGUCUAAUUUAAGAAAAAAGUAAGAUUGAUGGACCCCUGGCUUACUUUUCGUUAU